AUGGCAGCUCUCACAUCCCUCACCCAGUUGACAAGUGGGAACCCUGUAUUUGAGAACUUUUACAGACAGGUGGAUCCUGGGAAUACAGGGAGAGUAGGACCCACAGAAGCUGCCUUGUUCUUAAAAAAGUCUGGACUUCCUGACAUUACACUGGGAAAGAUCUGGGAUUUGGCUGAUCCUGAUGGUAAAGGUUAUCUGGACAAACAGGGCUUUUAUGUAGCUCUGCGACUCGUGGCCUGUGCUCAGAGUGGUCAGGAAGUCAGUCUGUCCAGCCUCAACCUCACAGUCCCUCCUCCCAAGUUUAAGGACACAAGCAGUCCGUCUCUAAGCAGCACAGCUUCUACUUCCAGUGAACUACACUGGGCUGUCAGGCCCGAGGAGAAGAGUAAAUUUGAUGGAAUUUUUGAAAGUUUGGCACCAGUCAAUGGCCUGCUGUCAGGAGAGAAGGUCAAACCAGUCCUAAUCAACUCCAAGCUACCUCUGGAUAUACUUGGGAAGGUUUGGGACCUGAGUGACAUAGAUAAAGAUGGCCAUCUGGACAGAGAUGAGUUUGCAGUGGCCAUGCACCUUGUGUACCGGGCCCUGGAGAAGGAGCCAGUUCCUGCCCUUCUGCCCUCUGCUCUCAUCCCUCCAUCCAAGAGGAAGAAGAGUCUGGGCUCAGUGGUCGGCUCUGUGCCUGGACUGCCCGCAAGCCCUCCACCACCCAAAGACUCACUGCGCUCCACACCUUCCCAUGGCAGCAUGAACUCACUCAACAGCACCGGCAGCUUGUCUCCCAAACACACACUCAAGUCUGGACAGCAUUCACUGAACUGGGUAGUGCCUGUGUCAGACCGUGGUCGCUAUGACGACAUCUUCCUGAAGACGGACGCUGACUUGGACGGCUUUGUCAGCGGACAGGAAGUAAAGGACAUCUUCAUACAGUCUGGACUUUCUCAGAACAUCCUUGCCCAUAUAUGGGCUCUGGCAGACACCAGGCAGAUAGGUAAGCUGACCCGGGAGCAGUUCGCCCUUGCCAUGCAUCUCAUCCAGCAAAAAGUCAGCAAGGGCAUCGACCCCCCACAGGCCCUGACCGCUGAUAUGAUCCCCCCUUCUGAGAGAAGCACUCCUGUACCAAGUAUGUCAGGAUACAUGACUCCAGUGGGAUCAGAGAUGGCUGCGCUGUCUGAGAUGAGACGGGCUAUAAUGUUCAAGUUGUGGGACAGCUCUAGUUCGGUGGGUUCAGGGGAGUUCACUGGCAUCAAGGAGUUGGAUGACAUCAGCCAGGAGAUAGCCCAGUUGCAGAGGGAGAAGUAUACUUUGGAGCAGGAUAUCAGAGAGACAGAGGAGGCCAUCAGACAUAAAAGUGCAGAGGUGCAGGAGAUGCAGAAUGACCUAGACAGAGAGACCGCCAGCCUGCAGGAGCUGGAGGCUCAGAAACAAGAUGCCCAGGACCGCCUGGAGGAGAUGGACCAGCAGAAACAUAAACUAGAGGACAUGCUGAACGAAGUCCGGAUAAAGUGUCAGGAAGAGUCUCAAAUGAUCUCGACCCUCCAGAGUCAGAUCCACUCCCAGGAGUCAGACCUGCUGUGCCAGGAGGAGGAACUGAUCCGGGCCAAAGCUGACCUCGGCCGGCUGCAGCAGGAGGAGAACCAGCUGGAGCAGAGCCUGGCUGCCGGCAAGAUCCAACUAGAGACCAUCAUCAAGUCUCUGAAGGCCACACAGGAUGAAAUCAACCAGGCUCGCAGUAAGUUGUCUCAGAUUCAAGACAGCCAACAGGAAGUCUCUAAAAGCAUUGAGCAGUACAACAGCACCUUGAAUGGAACCCAUGGAGGCAGUAUGACCAACCUGGCCGACAUGAGCGAGGGCUUCAGCGACAGAGAGAAUGGAGGAUUCCCUGCCAUGGAGGAUCCAUUUAAAGUGAAGCCAUCCGUGUUCAACAACCAGUCUCAGGAGCUUCACACUGACCCCUUCCACUCUGAAGACCCUUUCAAAACAGACCCUUUCAAAGGUGACCCUUUCCAAAAUGACCCUUUUGCAAAGCAGCCAUCAGCAUCCACAGAUCCUUUUGGAGGAGACCCCUUUAAAGAGACAGAUCCAUUCAAGGCUUCAUCAGAAGAUUUCUUCAAGAAGACCACAAAGAUGGAUCCCUUCUCCACACCAGACCCCUUCAGUAAAAGUGCCACGUUACCUUCCAAGCAGCAAACCAGUCAUUUCACAAGCAAUGAUCCUUUCUCUUCAAGCAACCCAAAACCCAAAGGACCAGACCUGUUUGGCACGUUGGAUCCAUUUGGCAGCAGUUCGUUCAGCAGCGGCAGUAACAGCUCGGCUGGAUUUGCAGACUUCAGCCAAAUGUCGAAAACCAGAGACCCUUUUGAAGGCCGAGCCAGCUGGCUGCCAGACUACCAGAGUACUACCAAGCCGGUGUUUGUGGACGAUCCAUUCAGCAGGAAGAAUGACACACCAGCUCUGCCACCAAAAAAAAGUGUUCCCCCAAGACCCAAACCACCCAGUGGUAAGAGUACGCCAGUGAACAUGUCCUGCCCAGCUGAUCCUUCCAAACCAUGUGACCCCUUCCAGCCGUUCAGCGGCGAUGCCAUCGAUCCGUUUCAGAGUAAUAAAAAGGGCCUGGGAGACCCGUUCAGCGGCAAAGACCCUUUUGCUCCAUCAGCAUCAAGACCUGACAAAGCCAAGUUUGGGAAUGAGGCUCAGCAGUUGGAGUGGGCUAAGCGUGAGAGUGAGCGAGCAGAGCGUGAGCGGCUGAAGAGACUCAGACAGCAGGAGCAGGAAGACCUAGAGCUGGCCAUCGCCCUCAGCAAGGCAGAGAUGUCCAACGCAUGACAUGGAACCUCCAUCCCCCAACACACAUGUACACACACACACACACACACACACACACACACACACACACACACACAACCACUCAUACAUGCAGCACACAGACAGGCUAACAUGCAAAACAAACAUGACUGACAUCUAAAUAUUCAGACACAAAGCACAUAACUGGACUAACUUCCUAGUGUUCAUAUAAACUCUGGUCCCCCCCCCCCCCACACACACACACACACACAGAACCCCUGCUAUGAACAUCCACACACAAUUGACAAAUGGAGUAGAAAGAAAAAAAGGACUUCCAGGCAUGUCUGACAGCCUUGCAUUUAAAAACAAGACAACAAAACUGUGGGCCUCAUCAGACACGCACACACGCACACACACACACACACACACACACACGCACACACGCACACACAUCACACAACUCCCCUGCUGACAUGAACAGACAAAAAAGUGAAGAAUGAAGAAGAAGAGGAGGAAACAAAUGGAUGCACUGUGUAUGCACUAUAGUGGCUGGACAGUAACAUAUAUAAUGUAAUGACUUGCGCUCACUGGACCGAGCAGACUAGCUGACCAUUGCGGGCAGAAAAGCCUCGACACUUUGCAUGUCAACGUGUUGUUUUUCUUCUCCAGCUUCACUCACAAUGUGAGGAAAGCGGGUUAUAGUGGUUUAAUAGCAAAACUGUUGCUAUCAGUAACUGAAGAGCAAAUACAGACUCGUUUCCUUCCAUUGUAACCAGCAGCAGUGAAGAAAAAUAACACUACAACUCAAACUGCCAGGGUAUUUCUUAAAAGGGAUUUUUUCGGAUAUUAAAAAGGAGUAAUGUGGUUACAUCUAUGAGCUGCUGAUGGUAUAAACUGUCAGUAUUUAUCACUAAGGUGAUUUGCUGGUAAGAAAAUGCAACAGAAUGAGGCGUUAAGUGUUUGAGUGUAGACAGGGAGGACUGGGUUUGACACUCCUUAGGAUUGAGACGUUUCAAUCCACAAUUUCUCAGUUUUUAUUAGGAAUAUUAUCACUAACACACAUUCAGAUGAGAAGUGAAAAGGUUGAUAUCAGUUGAGUUUUCUCAGGCUCACAGAUUUCAGUCUUCUAAUCUGAAUCUGGGUAAGAUGAAGCCUACUUCCCUAUAUCUUAAUUCAUUUUAUACGUUGACCUUACAUCUAGACAAGGCUAGACUAUCAACCAGGCAAAGCAGACGACUCAGAGAUACUCCGGGGGUCUGAAUCCUCCAAAUUCACUGUGUGGCUCUUAGAUGUGUAGUUUGUGGUUAUUUGAUUGAUCAUAAAUUUGAUUGGGGAAAAAAUUAAAUGCACAAUUGUAAACUAAAAUAAUAAGCAUUAAGAUGCUGAUUGCAUUAUUGCUGGUAUUCUAUUGAUUUAGCCCAUGUCUGUCAAACUCUAUACCUUGUGGGCUUACUGUUAUAAAAUCAUAGUCUCCAAGCCCAAACUGGGACCCCAUUAUGACAUCACUGGGGUUUAUUUUCUCAGAUGAAGCUCCUUCAGAGUGACAGCUGAGAAGUACGUUUUAUGAUGAUAUGAAAGUAAAAUGGUGUGUCCUUUUAAGACCUACAUAAUGUGUUUAUACUGUGUUUACAUAGUGCAUAAUGUAAAAUACUCUUCUGUACAUUCAAAUAACUACAAACUAAUUCUAAUUACUAAGUAAUAUAUACAUAAUGCACAGAGUAGGGGGAAAAAGGGAGCGGAGGGGGGCACUGCCUACAGCUUUUAUUAUUCCCUCCCUUAUUUAAGACAGCCACACAGGAGAGACUUCCAUGUUAAACAGAAGUCUUAACCAACAGUAGUGGGAUAUGUUAACAUCUCACUGUUACUUGUCACAUUAUAGGAGGAAAGAAAAAGCACCUGGUCCUCAACUGUGUUCAUAAAGAUCCACUGGUUCCCUGUAAUGUGACAAGUACCUGACAAAUGAAAGUAACCGUUUCAGAUGUCCCCACAGUGUUUGGAGUGACAGUAACAAAUUGUACAGAUCUAUUUUCUUUGUCCUUGAGUGUGAGAUUGUACUGUGAAGAGUUUGCUGUGGUGACCUGCAGUACUCUCUCUGUCCAGUGUAUAUAGAUAAAUGGAGCUAACUAUGCCUCUUCUCAAACAGCAGUACUUUGAUCCGAAUGCUGUGAUGAUGUCAUGUCAUCAUCCAACAAAUGAAAGGCAAGAUGAGGGAAUUCAGUUUUCUACAUUUGAUCUUUUUUUUUUUUUUUAUUAUUAUAGAGAAAUAAUUUUAACAGAGUUUUUAUUUCAUGAGCUGGUAGUUAUUAUUAUUAUUUUUGUUUGUCUGUUUUAAAAGAACAUUGGUAUUACUGUAGUUGUGUGCUAUCAUUGAGUUCAGUCACUCCAGUGCUCUACACACCAGUAAAGCACAAGCUGCAGAGUGAUGGGGAAACAAAGGUGUGAAACUGGCUGAAAUCAGGUAACUGGAAAUAUGUGGGAAAAGUGCUAUUUCUGAUGUGUCAUAGUUUGAUGUUCUAACACGGACUUAACCACUCAUCUUGUUUUUAUAUGAGUUAUCCCUUUACUUGAAGUGGUGACUGAUAUUUGAAUGAAACAGACUGAAGUUGACUCUGGAGUUUGAUUUAACAAAAACAAAACAGUUUCUGCUGGACUUAUUUUCUGAAGAUUUUCUGUUUCACUCAGAGCCCCUCUGUUGUAGUUUCAAAUGUCAUGUUGUGUUUUUAUAUAUGUGAGUCCGUAUUCUGUUUGUGACCAAUCAUAUGCUUUAGCCAGUGUUUAGCCACGUGCAUGCCCUGCGGUCAGACUCUACUCACAGCACAUAUGUUCUCCUGACUGUUACUUUAAGGGAUACCACGUCAUUUUAAGCGUCUCGUUUUUAUUAGAGUAACUUGAUAAUCGGGGAGAAAACAGUCUUUCACUUGGCUCACUUACAGAAAGCUUGGUGACAUUGUUGGUGUUCAUUAUUGAGACCAGAUGUAACCACUAGCAGUCAUAUAACUAAAUAUAGUGCUAGAUAGCUUUCUGAUUCAACUGGAACAUCUCAGGCGUUCAUGAUAUUUGUUACAGGAAGAAUGCUGAAAAAUGUAAAGAUUUGCAAAUUUAAAAGAUUUGUCAGGAGCGUUUAAAGUAACAUAAACAUGACUUAGUAUUAUCAAAGAUGACACAGGAUGUCUUCUUGGUUCACUUACAGACGUGUACACACUGCUGCCACUGGUGAUUGAAGACAUAUUAAUUAGACUUUGAUUCAGCAGUGUUGCUGUAAUAUAUCUUUCCGGACACCGGGGGCAGCACUGAGCACUGCUGAGCAGAUUCCUGUUGGUGAAUAGAGCAAAUGCUUCGUCGUGAUUUCAUUUGCUUGUUUGUCGCUGAUUCACGUUAUUCUGCCUGAAUUGUUGCUAAGCUUGUUGCAUAUUAGUGACGUUUAUUUUCAACUUUCUCACCGUAACUAAAUUUUAUGAACACCUAAUUAACAGAAAUAUAUUCAAAUGGCCUCCCUGGAUCAGGGCUAGGUUUGUAAAAUGUUUAACAAGCUGUUUUUGGGAUAAAACUACAGGACAACAAAGUUCUUUUUAAUCCUUUAAUUGGACAAAAGCAUUGUGAUGAAAAAUAAUGUGUAUCUACUAGUAUAGCAGAUACAUAUGAUGAGGUGACCUUAUGUUGUUUAGUAUUGCAUUUGCUUGUUCGGUCAUCACAAACUCAGUGAUGGUACUGAAGGGGUCAACAUGACUGAACUGUCCAACAAUAUUUUUUUUUACCAAGAUCUACCUGCCUGGCACUCUGUUGUUGGGGGUAAAAAUGCUUCUAAAAAAAUCCUUAUAAUGUGAAUUCCCCCAAACUGGACAGAAAAGCUCAAGUGAACGUUGAUGUGUAGCCACUGAUUCUGCCAGAUAGACAUGUGAAAUGCCUCUCCCUGCCAUGUUUUUGUCUUGUUUACAUAUCAUGAACAUUUACUUUGCUGUAGCUGUUACAAAUUGUGUUCGUGUAGGAGAGGAGUGUCCCUGGUACACAGUAAGCUUCUCCCUCUAAGCUGUACACAGCUGAUACCUCCUGAAGAGCUCCCACAUACUUCUGAGUCAUAAAACACAUAUUGGCAUUGUGAAUCUUCAUAUACCUGUCACACUGAGUCACAGCAUAUAUGAGGAACUUUAGGUUUGUUGCUUUCUUUGUGUAAAACCAAAGAGUGCUGCUAGCCACCCGCUCACAAGCUAGCUUGUUUCCCUUAGUUUUAAUAAGGAAUGCUAACACUUAACAUCUCUACAAGGGUAUUAUAGGUUAAAACAAGUGCUACUGACUAGUGAGGCUGGUGUCAUUCAAUAUUUUCUUAAUGACAUCAAAUCCCAUGAAAAGACUAAAUUCAACUUCUCAAUACUUUCCAUCUUUCCUCCUGUCAAAAAAACCUACAAGAAUCUCCUAAAAUAGCUAGCAUUGUAGUUUUUAGCCUUCUGUUAACACAAGAUUACGUAACAUGUUGUUAGUUAACAGCUACUAUGUUGCCUGUUAUUAAUCUGUUUUAGUGUUGGAAUGCUAGCAUCGCUAAUGUUGCUAACAAAGUCAUUUUUAUUUAUCUUUUUUUUUUUUUCGUAACAAUGUGACGGGUACCUUGUGCAGCAAAAACAAGAAGACUUAAAGGUGCAGUGUGUAGGAUUUAGUGGCAUCUAGCAGAACAGGCAUGGCAGAAAUUCAAUGUAAUAUAAGUAUGUUUUAAUUAGUGUGUAGCUGCAUGAAAAUAAGAAUCAUUGUGUUUUUGUUACUUUAGAACUACAUAGGGAGGAGGGCCUCUUUUAUGGAGCCCACCAUGUUGUACUGCCAUGUUUCUACAAUAGCCCAGAAUGAACAAACCAAACACUCUAGAGAGGGCCUUUCACAUUUCACGUGAGUUUCAUGGCCACCACAGGUUCUCCUAAAUGUUAUAAGUUGGUUUGGCUGCAGUCUCACCGUUAGAUGCCACCAAAUCCUACUCACCGGUCCUUUAUAUUCCAAAUGUCCAAAUUGGUCUCAGUGUGUCUGUGGUGUUUUAAUCACAGCCAGAUGGCUCAGCUGCAUUUUGAAAGCCUUUUAGUGAAAUGUGAACAGAAAUCUUAUCAUGUGGAACAGAUGUGUGUGUCACUGGUACCUUCUGCUCAGGGGGGGGAGGUUGGGGAAACUUAUUUGUUUCAUAGAUACAGAUAACAUCAGAGCUCAACUGUGACAAUCUAUGGUCAUUAUUUCUACAUACAUCAACAGGCUGGGUUGUUAUAUUUUCAGAAGGAUAUGUCAGGUUAAAUGCUGCCUGUUGAUUCUUCCAGAUGCAGAAUGAGUGUACCUUGUGUAUAUAUAUAUAUAUAAAAAUCUCCAAUCAAGGUCCAUUUACUAUCUUUUUCCAGAGAUUUCAACCACACCCUUCAGUUAAAUGCUUCAGACAAAGCCAGCACAUGGAUUUUUAAGUCUAGAUUUCCUUGACUACUUUUACCCAGGUCAAGAAUGAACUUUUUGGCUUAAUUACAAAAGCUCUGUUUAUGCAGACACCCUCACUGACAAGUAGGACUGGGUAUUAUUAUAGCCAUACUUGAAUACGGCAACAAUACUAAAGGGAUUCUUUACAAAACCUCUUUUCUUAUAAGAAGAGAGGUCCAUUUUAAUGCUGUCGACACAGAAACAACUAAUCUAAAACUCUUGUUUAAAUGAAAUUGGCACAGUUGAUGAACUAUCUGAAAAAAGAAUACGUUCCAAGUUUAUGAAUCAGACCAGACAUUCAGUGCUGACUUACUUGACAGUUUUCAACACUAGCUGCUACAGAUACAUUUCGGUCUGUUCAAAAAUAGUUUUGAGCCUCCUCUGAACUGUGACCCCUCAUCUGUUCUUCAUGUGUUGCUUCCACCUCCCUCUUACCUCAGCCUAUCUGCUGUGUACUGCUUAGAGUGGUCUGUUACAGAAAGGUACCAUUAUUCAUACUGUACUUGUCUUCUGAUACCUCCUUUGUGCAAUAGAUAAUGUUCAUUUUUAUUGUUGUUUUGUGUAUCCUGUGAAACCAGUCUGAUGUUUUUGAUAUGUAGCAUAUGUUUUUAAUAUGAUUGUUUAUGCACCCGCACCAUUCACUCCUCUGUCCUUAUUCUGUAUGUUUCAUGCAUUGAUUUCAUAUCACUAGCUGCAGAAUCCUCUCAUUCCAUUAUGCUUUUGAUCCAUUUUGGAAAAAGAAAAGUGUUCAUUUCUAAAUCUUUUUUUUUUUUUUUUAAGAGUUUUACAAAAUAAUUAUUUAUAGGAUGAGAUAUGACAAAUGUCCAGAUUAAGAACUUCACUAUUUCCUUAGUUUGACUUCACUGUCAAAAUGGUGAAUAUUUCAUUUUGGUAUGAAGCCUUUUGAAAGUGUGUCAUUACAGACAUGUUAAUGCUCAAUAGUAAACAGCCAAAACUGAUUUUGGGGGGUACUUGUUUCAUUUUAUUUUGUUCUUCUCUAAAGCUUGACAACUUUUUCUUCUUUUUUCUUUUUUUCUUUUUUUUUUUGCCUUCAACUGCCCUUCCUCUCAUGUAGGCAAAAUAAUCUGAGCUGUCUUUAUUAAUAUGCAUACGGUGUGUAUACAAUCUGUAUAAUAUCAUGUCUGUUAUAUUUGUCCUAUAAAAAGUUAAUAAGAAGAAAAAGUUAAGUUGUGAAGGAACUUGUGAAGGUUUGCCUACAGUGACAGUAACAGCUGAGGAGAGAACAGACACUGGUGUAUCUCUCUACAUGCUCUGUACUGUUUACUAGAAUGAACAUUUCAGUUAAAUGCAAAUGGACUGAGACUA